CAUCGUCAUGUUCACUGGCAAUCAUGCGCGGAGUGAAGCGAGUUUCCAAAACAAAUUAUCAUCUUUCCCAGCGGUCUGUUGCCUCAUCUCGCUCGCCACAUAAUUCUUAGUCGUUCAUCACAAGUCAUAGUGUGACGACACGUGGCCAACCAGGGUGGUAUGUUCUGACAGAGAGCUAUAUUUGCAGAUGGAUCGGAUCUCCCAGAAGGACCUCCAAGUGUACCGGGAAGCGUUCUCGAUGUACGACAAGGAUGGCAGCGGCUUCAUCGCCGAGGAGGAACUGGGUACGGUGAUGAGGUCGCUGGGACAAAACCCCACCAACGCCUACCUGCGUGACGUCAUCAGACAGGCAGACACGGAUGGUAGCGGAAAUUUACGUUUUGAGGAAUUUGCCUUGAUGAUGCACAAGAAGAGCCAGGAGCCGGAAAACCCCAAUGCUCUGAAGGACGCCUUCAAGGUGUUUGACAAGAACGGCGACGGGACAAUAGACAGGGACGAGUUGUUCAAGAUCAUGACGGAGCUCGGAGAGCCGCUGACAAAACCGGAGGUGGAUGAGAUGAUACGCGAGGCGGACAAAGACCGGAACGGAGUGAUUGACUAUGAAGAAUUCGCCGACAUGAUGACCAAGAAAGAUUAAUCAACAACACACGAUCUUGAUCAUGAUCACAGAUAUUCUUUCCUUCGUCUCUCCUGAUGCCAUGAUGGUCUCACCUGUAUUCUCAUCAUCUCAUCUUACAGCUCCUGGUUCCUACUGAUGUUCUGGUAGUCUCCCCUGUAUUCUCAUAAUAAUCUUAUCUGAAGUCUCGUGGCCUCUUCUGACCUCUUCGUCGAUUUCACCUGUAAUUAUGCCUGUUACCUCGAUGAGACAAGCGCCCAUCAGGAUCCUGGUGUCAGACGCCAUCACGAGGGCUGAACUUGUGCCAAUUCUGGUUGUAACAAUGUCGGUUUUUUAGCAGAACGUCAUUUACGGCAACCCCAGUGCAACCCCUGAAAGUGCAACUCCAUAUCUAAUUAUUAAAUAUCACUAUUUGAUGCCUUAGCAAAGAACUGUCAAUAUUAAUUCACGAGGAACAGAUAAUCCGAAAUACGGAGUUGCGAGAAGGUUAUUAUUUCUAUUAACCCAGGUCUUUUGUCUGAGAAAAUGUAGAAAAAUGUGUGUUUCCUGAUAUCAAGUGGAGACAUCAGCACUAUUACUCUAUUGAAGGAACGACGUCACAUAAAAUCGCCAUUACGUCCUGAACAAUGAAUGACGUCAUUCAAUAUUAUUAUUUUCGAGAUUGCGUUCAUGUGACGUUACGUGGCUAUGUACUUCUUCGUAAAGAAUGAAAACAAAGUAACAAUUGUUAUAAUGCUCUUAUGUGUAAUAUAAGUCAGUUUCAAGGGGAAGAUAACUUUGUCCCAUAGUGUAUGGUUCCAUUAGCACGAUGAACGAAUACGUUCAGGUUAAUGCGCAGAUAGGGAUACCUAAGAUUAUUCGUGGUUUGACUGACUGCUAAUUGGUAUAUAACGAUAAAGGCAAUUAAGAUAAGAUAUAUUUAAUUGAUAUCAUCGAUUGUUUCUGAUAAUAGGAGGUUAAAAUGUCAGUUUGUUACCCGAGUAGGUUGCAUGGGUCAUUUAUGUUAAUAAUUCAUGACUACUGCUAUUGCAGUUUGAACCAUGAGAUUCAUUUGUAUCUAAAUGCAUGUAAGGUCAACAUUAUAAUCAUACUAUUGAAGCUAUUCGUGAUAAUAAAAAAUAUAAUUGAGAA